AUGACGUACGUAAGCACACAGAAACCAGAUGCUCCCGUAGAACAAAGCAUGUCCUUGGAAGAACUUAAGCAAGGACUCUUGGAAAUAACCCCAAAGGGAACAGAAAGAAUAUCCAGAAGCGAAUUAAUUAAAAUAAUCACUACAAUGGGUGAUAAGCUUACACUAACUGAGGCAACCCAGGUUCUUUCCCUGAUUCCCACUGUAAAUGGCGUAAUUGAAAUUUCUUCUUUGAUAGACAAAUUGCACGGGACUUUUGAAUAA